UCACCAUGCUUCAAUUUCUCAGUCUCUUUCUCCGGCGAUAGACUUACCUUCUCUCACACUGCAACCAUGAGCACUGAGGAAAAGGCAACCAAGGGUGGCCGAGGCAAGUCCAAGGCCAAAUCCGUCUCCAGAUCUCACAAGGCCGGCCUCCAGUUCCCCGUUGGCCGCAUCGCUCGUUUCCUCAAGAAAGGUCGAUACGCUGAACGCGUCGGUUCCGGUUCUCCUGUCUAUCUUUCUGCCGUUCUUGAAUACCUUGCUGCUGAGGUUCUGGAACUUGCUGGAAAUGCGGCGAGGGAUAACAAGAAGAAUCGAAUCAUUCCAAGGCAUAUCCAGCUCGCAGUGAGGAACGAUGAGGAAUUGAGCAAGCUUUUGGGAGGAGUGACGAUUGCAAAUGGAGGCGUUUUGCCUAAUAUUCACCAGAAUCUGCUGCCGAAGAAAUCCGGUAAAGGAAAGGGCGAGAUUGGAUCUGCGUCCCAGGAAUUCUAGGGAUUCAGUGGUUAAUUAGGCAUUUUGAUUGUUGAUAGGAUGUGAUUAAGCUAAUUAUCAGACGUGUAAAUCUCCUCCUGGUAGAUUGAAUUUUGGUUCAGAUGUUUUGGUCGUGGAAUGGAAAUAUAAUUUUAUGAAUUUG